UUGUCCUCAAUCUUCUCAUCUUCAUCACUACCCUCGUCAACUUCAGCUACGCCCUCACCUCCAUGGAACCUUUGGUUCUUAUCGCCCUCUACGCUAUCUCGAAGAUCUUCGUCACUCCGCCUGAGACGGGUAUCUUCGCAAAAUGCCAGCACAAGGACCUCUACCCCGACGGAUGACAAGAAUAGUUCCCGAAAAUGGCUACGAAUCACCUCAAUCCCCGGAGAGCAGCGGAUUCUUCUUUGGAAAUGGCAUAAUCAUAGAUGGGGAGCGGAGAAGAAGGAACCCGUUCGGUGAUAGCAACGAAGAUACUGCAGCGGAUGACACUGUUGAAGAACAGGAUACAGCGGCAGAAUGCCAGCAGAUGGAACAGCAGAAUGAAGACGCUCCUGCGCAGAGGAUUGUCGGGUUCCGUGACCGUGUUGGAUCCUUCACAUGGACAUGGUUUACGAUGACAAUGGCUACAGGAGGCAUUGCUAAUGUUUUGCAUUCAAUUCCAUACCGCUCUGACUGGCUCAAGAUCCUCGGCGUGAUCGUGUUUCUGUUUAACCUGGUCUUGUUUAUUCUGAAUUGCUCAUUAAUCACAUUGAGGUUCAGAUGGAAUCCCGGGUCGUUCACAGGAUCUUUCAAGAGUCCUUCGGAGUCCCUGUUCAUUCCUGCCUGUGUUGUCUCAGUUGGGACGAUCCUCAUUAAUAUGAGCCAAUACGGCAUUGCAGAAACAGGAGAAUGGUUCCAGACGGUCAUGCAAAUCUGCUUCUGGGCAUAUGCUGUAUUGAGUUUCGUCGCAAGUUCUGGGCUCUACCUUAUCAUUUGGUCUACACAAACUUUUCCAAUUCACACAAUGACGCCUAUCUGGAUCUUCCCAGCAUAUCCUCUCCUUCUUAUGGGACCUUUUGCAGCAAACUUAAUCGAUGCCCUGCCCAAUUCCGCCGCUGCGACUCGAAUCAAUUCUGUUGCCAUAACUUUCGGAGCUCUUUGCAUACAAGGAACGGGGUUUCUGGUCAGUUUGAUGAUUUACAGUGCUUUUAUCUAUCGUCUCAUGACCCAAAAGCUACCACGAGAGACCACAAGACCAGGCAUGUUCGUUUCUGUUGGACCCAGCGGCUUUACAGUGGCAGGUAUCGUCCAUCUAGGGAAUACUGUCAUUCCUAAAGUCAUGCCAAAUGGAUUUGAGGGCAAUGGUGAUGCGGCAUUUAUCAUCAAAUUGCUGUCAGAUCUAGCAGGACUUUGGAUGUGGGGGCUAUGUCUUUGGUUCUUUCUUGUCAGCAUUGGAGCGCAUUGGCAAGUAAUGCAGCCGCGGCAUCCAGAGCAUCACAUACGAUUCGAUAUGACUUGGUUUUCCUUCGUCUUCCCGAACACCGCCUUGGUGACAGCAACACAGGCUCUAGGAAAGUCCCUCGAUUCCAAUGGCCUAAAGAUAUUCGGCACUGUCAUGGCUGUUAUCCUAGUCGGGGUCUGGCUAUUCGUAUUCGGCAUGAUGAUAAGGGCAUUCUAUCUCCGUCGACUGUUGUGGCCAGGAGAGAUUGAUGGAGCGGAAGCUUCACGACGAAGAUGGAUCGGGAAGGUUGAAGAAGCUGCUGCGAAUGGGGCUAGCAGAUUGCGGCAUAGCAAUGAUACUAAUCCAUAAUGCAGCAUGAAUAAAGUGAUCGUUGAUUUCUCGAAUAUCGGCCCUCUGCGUGAUUAUUCUCCUUGUCGCAAGUGCGAUU